AUGUCUGAUCCGAAAAUCUACACUGUUGGCUGGAUUUGCGCCAUCACCACGGAAUAUGUUGCCGCUCAAGCCUUCCUCGAUGAAGAGCACGAGGGCCCAGAAUACUUACCAGCUCACAACAAAAACGACUAUACAUUAGGCAGAGUCGGAAGACACAAUGUGGUAAUCUCCGUUCUACCUUUAGGUUCAUACGGCACCACCUCGGCAGCGCGAGUUGCCGAGGAUAUGUUACACAGCUUCCCAAAUGUUCGAAUCGGUCUAAUGGUCGGUAUCGGUGGCGGAGCACCAAGUCCAAAUCACGAUAUACGCCUUGGCGAUGUUGUGGUCAGCAUCCCAUCUAAUGACCGAGGUGGAGUAUUCCAGCACGACUUUGGUAAAACGAUACAAGGCCAAAGCUUCCAGCUAACGGGCUUUCUUGAUCAGCCGCCUCUUAUUCUCCUCGCAGCGGUCAACGGACUUCGAGCGCGGUAUGAGAGCGAGGGUAAUCGGCUCGAAGAGGCUGUCAAUAUGGCUCUCGAGAAAAAGCCAAGGCUACAGAAAUUAUAUAAACGGCCAGCGCAAGAAAGUGACCGGCUAUACCAAAGUCAUAUCGUUCAUCCAACAGAUAAAAGAGCAACUUGCGCUACAUAUUGCGGUAAUGACUUAACAAAUUUGAUCUCCCGAGAUCCACGAUCUAAGGAUGAAGACAAUCCAGCUAUACACUACGGACUGAUUGCGUCAAGCAAUCAGUUAAUAAAGGAUGCUUCGGUCCGCGAUAGACUUGCCACAGAAAGGGGUGUUUUAUGCUUUGAGAUGGAAGCGGCCGGGCUGAUGAAUCAUUUCCCGUGCCUUGUGAUCCGUGGCAUUUGCGACUACUCUGAUUCACAUAAGAACAAAGAAUGGCAAGGGUUUGCGGCAAUGGUUGCGGCAGCAUAUGCCAAAGAUCUCCUUUGUCGAAUUGUCCCUCGAAAUGUGGAAGCACAAGAAAGUCUUUCAGAAAUCCUAAAGCCUCGUCAUAACCAUAUGACUGAGGUCACAGACCACAUUACAUCUAGGCCACCAAAAACAGAUGAGAAUUGCGGCGUGAAGUUGCAGACUCUUCAAGGCCAUUCUCGUUUAGUAAAUUCGAUGGUCUUCUCUCCCGACGGCCGACUAGUAGCCUCCGGGUCUAUGGAUCAUACCGUGCGGCUCUGGGACAUCUCCACUGGUGCUCUACAGCACACCCUCCAAGGGCAUUCCAAAUGGGUAUCGUCCGUAGCCUUCUCUCCCGACGGCCGACUGGUAGCCUCAGGCUCUGAGGAUCAGACUAUACGGCUCUGGGAUACGGCCACAGGCACUCUACAGCAGACACUUGAAGGCCAUUCCCUUCGUGUUGAUUCGGUGGCCUUUUCUCCCGACAGCCGAGCGGUAGCUUCAGGCUCCUAUGGUUCUGUCCGACUCUGGAAUACCGCCACAGGCACUCCAUACCAGACCCUCACAGGCCAUUCUGGUCCAGUGGCCUUCUCUCCCGAUGGCCGACUAGUAGCCUCCGGCUCUAACAAUCAUACCGUCCAGCUCUGGGACGCCUCUACAUGCACUUUACGGCACAUUCUCAUAGGUCAUACCAUUAUGGUCUUGUCAAUAGCCUUCUCCCCUAACGGACGACUGAUAGCCUCAGGCUCUUAUGGUUCUGUCCGACUCUGGGAUACCGCCACGGGUGCUCUACAACACACCUUCAAAGGCCAUUCUGGUCCGGUUGCCUUCUCUCCCGACGGCCGACUAGUAGCCUCCGGCUCUAACGAUCAUACCGUCCGGCUCUGGAAUACCUCCACGGGCGCUCUGCAGAACAUUCUCAUAGGCCAUUCCAUUAUGGUAUUGUCGGUAGCCUUCUCCCCUGACGGACGACUGGUAGCCUCAGGCUCUUAUGGUUCUGUCCGACUCUGGGAUACCGCCACGGGUGCUCUACAACAGACCAUCAAAAGGUUCUGGUCCGGUGGCCUUCUCUCCUGA